AAUAUAAGUAGACCAUCCCCUCUACUUGUGCCAUCGGAAUCUGAUCAUCCACAUCCAUAUCCUGCAAGCAAUAAUCAGCAAAAUGUCCUUCAUUCCAAAGGGAAUCAAGCUCAACCUCUCCGACGGCGCCACCGUAUUCACCGAAGUCGUGGCCGACGAAGACGACGCCCACACCAUCCUCUACGUCCUGCUCGAGGACAUGAUCCAGCGCCGCAACAUGCUGGUCGGCUUCGCCACGGAGUGGAACCUCUGCAGAUCAGGGACCGCCGGGCUCGACCACCCGAUCGUGAUGCUCAAAUUCUACACGGAGCUGGGCUGCAUCCUGGUGAGGCUGAAACCGGGUGCCGGAUCCGUAUCGCCGUCCCUCCGGCAGUUCAUGGCCUUCAAGGAUGCCAUAUUCGCGGGCGUCCACAUCAAGGAGGACCUGGAGAAACUGCGGCGGGAGUACGGGAUCGUGGUGGGGAACGCGGUGGAGCUGAGUGAGCUAGCCGCGGCCGUGAUGAGGAAGCCGGCGUUGGCGGCGUACGGGGCGAGGGAGCUGGCCGGUAAAGUUGGGAAUAGGAAGAAGAAGGAGCUGGAUCCGAAGCCGAUGACGGUGAUCUGGUCCAACUGGUGCGAAGGAGCUCUGAGCAUGGAGCAGAUCGAGAGUGCGACCGUUGAUGCCUACGCCGCGUACAGAGUUGGGGAAACGAUGUUAAGCUGCGGUAGUUAGUUUAAUUUCGCUGGUUGCGUUCACAAACUUCUGCGAUCUUUUAUUUUUAUUUUUUUCUUUUUCUUUUUCUCUCCAUCCUAGUGUUUUCCGAUUGCUAUCGUUGUUAAUUUGCGGCAGGGGUCGCAGCCCGCAGGGGUGCUUAUAUCCCUUUUCACAAAAUUCUAAGUUAAAUCACAAUGCUUCCUAGUUCCUACCAGUUAUUAAUGGGGUUCUCCAUCAUAAUUCAUAACAUGCUCCAUCUAAAAUUUCUAGGUGAUUUUAGAAAAGAUAUUUUUGUAAAUUGAAUAAUUAAAAUUUAUAUUUUUUAUAGAACAACGAGCAAAGUAUUAAUAAUUAAAUAAUUAUAAUGAAUAUAAAACCUACGA